AUGGGGAACUAUCGUGCUAAAUUGAGUCGGGCUGGAUUUCAAGAGGUAGCUGUGAAUUCUGGAAGGAGAAGUCGAAAUGACCCAGACAAGCAGUCACCACACACUGACAUUAAGAGACCUAAAAAGGCAGAAGUAAACUUUCUGCCGAAUUUCCCAAGGGGUGAAGAUGCUGUUAGCCUUGAGCAGCUAAGACUACAGAUUGUGGAUGAAGUCAAGAAAAGUGAAAAGAAUCACGUCCUGAUUACAAAGCUGAUGCAUACCACAUUUGCCUUGCGACGCAAAGAGAUCAUCAGUGAUGACCUACCCGUAGGUGCCAUCCUGGAUCGCUGGCCUGCUCUGAAAUUGGAAUCUCAGAUCUAUGCAGAAUUCCACAGAAUUACAAACCUCACCCUGAAGAACCACUUUUAUGCUGUGUUGGACCAACAUGCUCCCCGGCUCCAGAGCUUAUUCCGAAAGAAAGCUGCUCGCACAGGGAAAGUGUCUGAUGUUCUGUCUCAGCUCUUCCGAACCUAUGAUCUCCAGGAACAAGUUGAUAUUCAUGCCCGACGUGCUGUUGUGCUUCAUGCCCUCCCUGCCUAUUUGCACGAAGACACCUCUACCUUCAUCAAAACGUGGGAUAUGAUGCAUUCUGAUGAACCAGAUAUUAGUGAAGUGCCACUUGGACUCCUCCUGAUCAGAGCCAAUUCCAGCGAUGCAACAUUCUUCUGCCCUGAGAAGAUUGCAGUUUUGGUUGAGGGUAACAUGAUCAUUGAUUUCCCCACCCUGGCUGAUGCAUUUCUAGUAAUAUUUGGACUGACUUAUGCCCUGCAUCUAAGCUACCCAAAAUGUUUGGCCAACACAUUUGACUUUAUUCAGAAAGUGUUGAUGGGUCUGGAGGAUGGGAAGUUGAAGCCCAAGGUGCUGAGUCUCAAAAAUGAUCAUUUGGCAGCAGAAUAA